UCUAAACAAACCAAAACAAAAACAAAUCACUCUUUCGCUUUCAAUUUACAAAAUAUUUCAAUUAAUAUGAAUUAGUGAUGGGAAACUCAAUAAGGUUUUUGAAAAGUACCCAAAACGAAGACGAUGCACCCAAGACGAACAAAAAGCGUAAGCAUGAAGAUGGUCCAGGCUGUAGUGAGGAAAUGUUGGAGGUGCUCAAUACACCAAAACGAAAAAGGAUAAAAUCCACAUCUAAGUACAUCUACCAGACCCUUUUUCUGGAUGGGGAAAACAGUGAUGUGACAUUGAAAGUGUGUGGGAAGGCAUGGAAACUGCAUAAACUAUAUCUCAAACAGUCACCCUAUUUCUCAAGCAUGUUCGGUGGGUUAUGGAAGGAAUCAAGUAUGGACUGUGUGGAGAUUGACGUGGUCGACUCGAACAUCACAGAGGAAUCACUUAAGAUAGCAUUUGGUUCACUGUACAAGGAUGACAUCUUCAUUAAGCCCAUCCAGUUGACUUCUGUCAUAGCCACUGCUACACUUCUACAGCUGGAGGGCCUUUUGCAGCACUGUGCAGUGAUGAUAAAGGACACUGUCAGCUCAGCGACUGUGUGCGAGUACUACCAGGCUAGCUCUCAGUAUGGAAUGGAGGAGUCUCGGUUGUGUUGUCUCGACUGGCUGACUCGGAACGUCCUGGUGGCUCCCAACGUUCUCUUCAUACGGGAUGUCAGCCCUGAUCUCAUGGUGGAGAUUGUUGGCUGCCCACAUCUGUAUGUUAUACAGGUCGAGAUUGACCUAUACACACUGCUGAAAAAGUGGAUUUUCCUUAUCCAAAACCCAACAUGGGAUGGAGAGAACAAAGAUCUACUCAAGGUCACGGAUGCCUUCUUCAAGGACAGUGUAAAGGAGAUGGAUGGGAAAUGCUACCUGGAAGCGGAUGUGGGAUGGAGUUACGUGCCCGUGUUCACCAAGAUACGGUGGAACCAUGUUGUCAACGAUCUCACUUCUGUCAGGAUGAUCGAGAAUGACAAGAUUGUGCCCAUUGGUUGGUUGGAUCCAAUGUUCCUGUACAGCUGGUGGAGGGUUCUCACUGUGGAGCAGGGCCAUGAUAAGGGACCUGUGGAACAUCUAGAUGAUGCAGUAUUCAACGAGCGGUGUACCAGGUUUGGCCGUAUCCUGCACAAAUCUGGGGAGUACUGCUGGAGAUGGAUCGGAUACAGCUAUGGGGUUGACCUGCUCCUAUCUGUCAGUAAUGGUCGCCUUGUCACAGUGAAGAGGAACACCCACACCCAGACCUGCCCCCAGGCUGUCAGUCUGCUGGACCAUAGAAACAUAGCUUACAGGUUAACGAUAUCCAGCUUUGACACUGAUGGUAAGGAGAAAUCAAAGAAGACAUCAGGAAUCAAACAUAUCAGCCUCGGCAAGGAUGAGGAGGAGAUAGCCUUAGUUCUGGACAGUGACCAGCAAUAUCCAUUAGCGGUCAGCAUGAAUGUUGUGUUCCUGACCCCGGGGCAGGAUCCACUACCAACACUGAAACUGCCGAACAGAUAGACACAAGUAUGGUGAAAGUUCACGCAAUUGUCCUGGAGAUUCUUGCUCAGCUCACCACAAGAUCAGAUGUGACAGUAGAAUGGGACAAGACAUUGAGAUAUAUCUAUCCGAGAUCAACAGUAUUGUUACUUAUAUCCAGCACAGUUGACAGUUCUCCUGUUUUUGCACAUUAAGUUGGUCUCAGGAUUGAAGAUGACAAAGGUCAUUAGACCAUAAUUCUGGGGGGACAGUGUUUGGGGGUCUCAGAAGUUGUUUUUCCAAUUGUGUUAAACUGCGUAGAAGCGGGGAGAAGACUACAUUGGUCUUUCCAAGCUUGAAUCUCAUUAUUUUGUAUAUCUGCAGAUUUCUUUAUCUAAAAUAUGAAAAAUUAUUGUAAAACUCAUAUUAAGAGGGCGCAUUUGACUGUUUUAGGGUUAUAGAAUUGUUUUGAUCAUAAUGUUUCAUGAUCAAGAAAUUUGAUGUUAAGACAGGACUAAGAAUUAAUGAAAGAAUUGCUUUAAAAAAUUAUAGGGUAAUAAUGUUAUAAUUCAAUACACAGACAAAUAGUUCAUAUUCAAUUGUAUGUUCCAUGAUUAAGAAGCUAAAUGUUGAGACAACAUUUGAGAAAGAUCAGCUUUGAAAUUUGCACUAUUUCGGAAUAAUUAUGGGUUAAUAAUGCUAUAAUUCAAUACACCAACAAAUAAGAUGGUGUAGUCCUGAUUCAAUGUUUGUUAGCCUACCCUAGAUCUUGUUAUUAUUGUACAAAUUAAUAUUAUUUAUAAUUAAUAUUUUAAACCAAUGUGUUCAAAAUAUUCAAUCAUUGUGCCAUGUAAUCCCAUACCUAGAUGUAUAUGUAGCAAAAUAUUGGACUCUUUUCCAUUUGUUCAUUGUAAUAUUAGUGUUUCAUUAAAUUUCAUGAUGUUAUCAAGUUUUCAUUGGUGGUGAAAUUUGAAAAGAAUAGAUCUGCUGACAUGUUUAAGACCGACUAAACUGAAAUUAAUCAGGCUGAGGGAUUAAUGGAAUCUGAUGAAUGAGUUCAUCUCUUUUUGGCACUUUCCAUAGCAUUUUGAACUAACCUGGGGUUCUUACGUUCAGGUUUAAUCGGCAAUAAACGCUUUUUACUUUCAACUACUGUAUAAUUGUAAAGAUUGAAUUUUUACUUGGACUUUUCCAUCAAAAACAGUAAGAAGUACCUUAAAAUGAAUAUAGUUAACAUGGAAAGCAAUUUUUAAAGGGGUUUUAGCCCCUUUACCCUGUUAGGGUCUUUCACUAACCAUUAGUUAUUGUUUAACCAUUUUUAGCAUUUCUGUUCCUUCGAAGAAAAAAGUAGAGUUAUUGUCAAAGGCUUGGUGUUUCAUCUUUGUUUACAUCGUCAUACAACUAGGUUAACCUUGGCCGUAACUUCAAAAACCAUUGAUAAAUGUAUGAAACCUGAAGAUAAUUGGUUGAAACUUGGUACGCAUGUUGCAAGAGACAAAGUUCAAAUAACUCUGGCUCUAGUAAUUGUUGAGUUAUGCCCCUUGUUCAACUGAAAAACAACAGCAGAUGAUUGUUUGUGUUAGCUCCACAGCGCUUUUGUUUCAUCUUCAAGCAUGAAAACACAUGUAGAAUUUUGCAUUUUAUACUCAAACCUUAUCCUCAGGGACAAGUGAUUUUGCAUUUGUGAUUUACAAAAGGUAAAUAAUUCAUCCCACCGUGUAUUUGUAGCAUUUAUUAGCAAUUUUAACCAAAAAAAAAUAAUCUGACAUUAUUUUUUUAUAUGUACAUGUGGAUGUUAUUCCCACUACUAUUAUUUUGUUUCAAUCAAGUACAUGUAUCAUUAAUUAUUUUGUGAAUGUUAUGUUAUAUAUGAUAAAUUAAAAAUACCAAAUUGUCAAUCUAUUUUGAUAACUUAUCAACGAGUAUACUCCAAAAUAUUCUAAGAUGGCAUCAGUCAAUUGGAUACAUAGAAUGUUAGAAAUAGAAUAUAAUAUUUAACUUGUUAUCUUAAUAAGCCCAGAUUAAAAAUUAAAUUUUCCUGCCAAACUAUCUGUUUCAAAAUAAUAAUAUCUGAUUUCAACCAAGAAUAUAAGAUUCGGAAAAUUUGUCCUUAUAAUGAUACGCUUGUUGAUACUAAUUAUGACGGCCCCAAGUUUGAAGUUUGUUAUGAUACUUAUUAAUUUCACUGAAUAACAUUGAGAUGUUAAGAACAAGCUAAAUGUGUUUAGAAUAGAUGACUGUUCUUCUUACACUAGUUUUAAGUUUAGCAGCAAUUUUAGAAGUUUUCAUUGCUUUAAUUUUUGUUGAAAUGUUUUGCAAAGGUUUCUUGUUUCUAGUUUCAGGGAAGAAAAACAUAAACAUUGUUUUGAAAUUGCCGUUUAAACAUAUUAUUUUUAAUUUUUUUAUAUAUUUUUUUCUUGAUACUUAAAUAAGUUAAUGUUAUAUUACAGUUGUUUUUAUAAAUGUAUUAAAAUGAAAAAAUAUUGACUGUUAUUCUUACUGUAUAAAAAAUAAAGCUGUUCAGUCACACGACUCAGGGGCUAUGAUAGUGAACAGUCUCAAAUCGAAGUCUUGACACAAACUCACAGAAGGCAUGCUUUUAUUAAAUUAAAUUAUUCUGUUUGUUUAACCAAAAUAACUAGCAGAUAAAUGUACAAUUCUUAAUAGUAAUAAAUUCAGGAAAUUUUGUCACCAAAACUCUACAAUGACAGUUACAAUACAAAAAAGAUUUACAGUUUUUUCAACUAGAGUCUGAAUUCAUACUUGCGACUGUUCGUAAUCUAAGCCCCUGAGUCCAUAUUCACGAUUAUUAGUUUGAGUUUAAGACCCAGACUCAGAAAAACUUUUUAAUGUGAUAAAUUAGUUAAUUUGGAAUAAGUGUGUAAAUAAUUGUUAAACAUGGUAUUUGCUACAUAUAUGGCAAGUUACUCAAUGACGAUUGAACAAAAAAAGUAGAUGCCCCCACUUAUUGGGGGGAGGCAUAUAUAUUUGCUUAUGUCCGUCUGUGCGUGUGGACAUGCGUG